AGGAUGCAGCGGCUCCGGGAGGGCAUCCACAUAAGGACCAUGAAGGCCAAGAGGAAAGUGGAGGACAUCUCUAAGGAAGAUGUCCAGGCCUUCCUCAAGAAGAACGCCUUUGUGCUCUUUACUGUAGCGGCCGUCGUUGUAGGUGAGUGAACACACACCCCAUCAAUGCCUCACCCCAGUACACUCACACACACUCCCCUCCCUAUUUAUUUAGACAGUGAAGCUAACAUUUUUACAUUUGGCUCUAUACUCCACCAUUUUGGAUUUGAGAUCAAAUGUUUCAUAUGAGGCGACCGUACUGAAUGUCAGCUUUUGUUCGUUUUUUUUCCAUAAGUAUUUGGAUAAAUGCACUUAUAGUGUAUUAAAGUAGCACGUAAUUACUACAACAAGCUUGUGGCUCUACACACUUGUUGGAUGCAUUUGCAGUUUGUUUUGUUUGUGUUUCGGAUUAUAUAUGUUUGCCCAAUAGGAACUGAAUGAUGAAUAAUGUAUUGUGUCAUUUUGGAGUCAUUUUUUAUUUUAAAUAAGAAUAGAAGAUGUUUCUAAACACUUCUACAUCAAUGUGGAUACUACCACGAUUAUGGAUAAUCAUGAAUGAAUAGUGAAUUAUGAUGAGUGAGAAAGUUACAAAGGAACAAAGCUCAUACCCCCCAGAAAUGCCCCAUGUUUUGGGCGCAUGAUCUUUGUGCAUCUAUAACUUUCUCACUCAUCAUUAUUCACGGUUCAUUCAUGAUUAUCCGUAAUCACGGUAGCAUCAACAUUAAUGUAGAAAUGCUGGAGUAUAGAGCCAAAUUAAAAGUUUUAGCUUCACUGUCCAAAUAAAUACGUAGGGGAGUGUACAUAGGUCUACAUACACAGUACACAGAAAUGGGCCAACAUACUCACGCAAACACACACACACUUUGAAAUCCAUGCUCUCUUAUUGUAAUCCCAAUCCCACAGGAAGGACUCACCUACAAACCUCAUUCUAGAUGUGACUGCGAGACACAGACCCUCUCAUUGUCAUUUGCUUUAUAUGCAGUUGCAUGUUCAUGUUUCAAGUACACUAAUCAUCCCUUCUUAUUCUUCAGGUAUAAUCCUUGGCUUUGCACUGCGUCCCUAUAAAAUGACCUACCGAGAGGUGAAGUACUUCUCUUUCCCUGGAGAGCUGCUGAUGAGGAUGCUGCAGAUGCUGGUGCUUCCCCUGCUGGUGUCCAGUCUCAUCACAGGUACACCAAGUCACUUUACUGAUGCCCACCGCCAGAAGCAAAUUGAGAUAUAAUAAAGACAUAUGAUAAAGAGGAAGGUUAGAUUUAGUGGUGUUUGAAAGACAGGUGUGAAUACCCAAUGACAAAGGGGGAAUGCCAAAGGAGCUUGAGGCACAACUUUACAGGUACUGUAACUUGUGCUUGAUCCAUGUGAAAUGUCUUACAUUUACAUUUUACAUUUUAGUCAUUUAGCAGACGCUCUUAUCCAGAGUGACUUACAGUUAGUGAGUGCAUACAUUUGUUUUUCUUGUCUUUUUUUCAUACUUUUUUCUUGCCACCAUUUUUCUCCAGAUUCCCUUUGGUCUCUAGUUUCUGGCAUGGGGACAGUCACUUCAUUGUGCUUCUUUGCUAUUAAAAUGAGGGAGGAGAGACGGAGGGAUGGGGUAGCUUUCAGAAGAAAGCCCACUCCCUGUGGGUCUGAGAGGGUAGCUUUGGGAUGGUACCCCCUUGCACCUCUUCCUCCUGCUUCGCUUCACACGGAUAAAAGCACACAAAGUGCCCCUCUGCCUCUUCCUUUAUAGCUGUAUUGUUUCGUGGAAUUCCAUGACCACCCAGCACCACAAUACCGUAAGUGGUUUGGAGGGUGGUGGGGUAAGGGGUUAUGGCCCAGAAAAGAGGCCCACUGCCCAGGUACACAAGCGGACAUGUAACUAUUUCAUCUAUUAUCUCCCUGAGUCCUCUGCAAGGUUAGGAUCCAUAUGACCCACCCAGCUUGGUAUGAUGUGCAGUAUGCAUGACAUCACUAUGCUCACACUGAGGGAUUUACUCUGAUCUUGAAACUAGACCGGGAGCAGCAAGCUCUAGACAUUUCUCAAAGACUGAGCUGAUCUGUACUGUAUCUCAUUUUCUUUUUAAACUAACCUCUUUUUAAACUCUUAAGGAUCUGACCCUUUUUUUUUCAAUUUUCGCCUAAAAUGACAUACCCAAAUCUAACUGCCUGUAGCUCAGGAUCUGAAGCAAGGAUAUGCAUAUUCUUGAUACCAUUUGAAAGGAAACACUUUGAAGUUUGUGGAAAUGUGAAAUUAAUGUAGGAGAAUAUAACACAUUAGAUCUGGUAAACAUGCGUUUUCUAUUUGUUUUUUGUUCCAUCAUCUUUGAAAUGCAAGAGAAAGGCCACAAUAUAAUAUUGCAGUUUAGGCGCAAUUUAGAUUUUGGCCAAUAGAUUGCAGCAGUGUGUGUGCAAAGUUUCAGAUUGAUCCAGUGAAGCGUUGCAAUACUGGACUAUUUUGUAUCAAGUCUGCCCAAAUGUGCCGAAUUGGUCAAUUGAUACAUUUUCAAGUACAUAACUAUAGAGAACAUACAAAAAUGAUAUGGUAAUACAAAAUAUAAGUUCACACACUCCCAGGAAUGUCAUACAUGAUGGAUCAUUAGCUUAUACACAUCUAGAUGGCCGGGUGAGGUGGGUGUGGAGCCAGAGACAGCAGGGCUUCAAACUGUAGAACCCAGUUCCUACAUUUGAAUAUAAAAAUGGAUUGAAUCAAACAAAACUAUGCCACAUUUUAUCUCUGGGACCCUUAGGAUGACAAAUCAGAGCAAGAUUACUGAAUGUAAGUACAUUAUUUACCUUCAGAGGUGAAUGUAUCAAACCAGUUUCCGUAAUACGUUUUUUGUUGUUGUGCACUCUCCUCAAACAAUAGCAUGGUAUUUUUUCACUGUAAUAGCUACUGUAAAUUGGACAGUGCAGUUAGAUUAACAAUAAUUUAAGCUUUCUGCCCAUAUAAGACAUGUCUAUGUCCUGGAAGGUUUGCUGUUAGUUACAACAGUCAUGCUAAUCACGUUUGCUCAACCGUCCCGUAUACGGGACACCGAUCCCGUAGAGGUUACACUAACCUAAUUUGUGAAUGUUUAUUAAGCAUAAUUUUAUUUGAUCUCACUUGAAACACCCUAAAAACACAUUUUUUUUUUUUUGCCUUGGAGAAGUAGAACUAUGGAGAGAAAGGCAGAAAAUGAGAAGUAUGUGUGGGAUACAGUUUUGUUUAAUACUCCCUCUUUGUAGUAACCCUUGAAAAUAACCCACGUGAGUCAUUUCUUUAGUCCUGUGAAAGUGGUCACACAGGCUUGUUUGCAGUUUCCAUGGCGAUGUGGAGAUGCAAUGUUGUUAUGGGCGCAUGGCAAGUGGACAAGUUUCCCAGACUCUGAGAGAGAGGAUGGAGGGAAGAGAGAGUGAGUGAGAGAGCGAGAGAGAGAGAGAGAGAGAGAGACAGACAGAGAGAGCGGCAGAGGCACAGUGGAGCAGGGGUGAUUGUGGGAGAGGGAGGCGUGAUGAAGGAGGGUGGAAGCUGAAAGAGGGUGAAAGGGUUUUGUCUAAUGGCAGUGCCCCCAACAGGAUUAAAAGAGCACAUACAUCUCGCUUACGCAAACAAAAUGCUUACUCCAUCAGCCCACUGAAUGGGGAUAUCAAACCAGAACGGCCCCUGACACCUUGGAAAAUCCAAAUGUAACUUUAUUGCAACACUUUGUUAGGUUGAGGUCUUUCUCUAUAAUGGCUCGUUGUCCGUCUGUCUUCCCCUUGACCUUUUUGUAAGAUUGAGAGAGAUGUCAGUUAGCAGAAGCUAACCAUAAUCAUUAUCUAAUUUCAGAUGGAGAACAUCAAUAUUUCACCCACCUGUAUGUUUUGCUACUAGCCUGGUUUGCAAUCGCACUAGGACUUCUGUCAGAUGACUGUCAGGCAGCCCAUUAAUCUGCAUACCCGUUGACUCUUUGUAUUAGGCUGCAUCCUCCAGCAGGUCAGCUAAUAUCUGGUCUACAAUCAUGAGAGAUUAUAAAUAUGAAAUCAAAUCAACAACAAAAAAAUUCACAUGCGCCGAAUACAACAGGUGAAAUGCAACCUUACCGUGAAAUGCUUACUUACAAGCCCUUAACCAACAAUGCAGUUUUAAGAAAAUAGAGUAAAGAAAAUAUUUACUAAAUAAACUAAAGUAAAACAUUUAAUAAAAUAAAAUAAAUGUAACACAAUAAAAUAACAAUAAUGAGGCUAUAUACAGGGGGUACCAGUACCGAGUCAAUGUGCGGGGGUACAGGUUAGUCGAGGUAAUUUGUACAUCUAGGUAUGGGUAAAGUGACUAUGCAUAGAUAAUAAACAGCGAGUAGCAGCAGUGUAAAAACAAAUGGAGGGGGAUGGGUGGGGUGUCAAUGCAAAUAGUCCAGGUGGCCAUUUGAUUAAUUGUUCAGCAGUCUUAUGGCUUGGGGGUAGAAGCUGUUAAGUAGCCUUUUGGACCUAGACUUGAUGCUCCAGAGAAAACAGUCUAUGACUUGGGUGACUGGAGUCUUUGACAAUUUUUUGGGCCUUUCUCUGACACUGCCUAGUAUAUAGGUCCAGGAUGGCAGGAAGUUUGGCCCCAGUGAUGUACUGGGCUGUACGCACUACCCUCUGUAGCGCCUUACGGUCGGAUGCCGAGCAGUUGCCAUACCAGGUGGUGAUGCAACCGGUCAGGAUGCUCUCGAUGGUGCAACUGUAUAACUUUUUGAGGAUCUGGGGACCCAUGCCAAAUCUUUUAUAAUAAUAAUAAUAUAAUAUGCCAUUUAGCAGACGCUUUUAUCCAAAGCGACUUACAGUCAUGCGUGCAUACAUUUUUGUGUAUGGGUGGUCCCGGGGAUCGAACCCACUACCUUGGCGUUACAAGCGCCGUGCUCUACCAGCUGAGCUACAGAGGACCACUUUUCAUGCUCCUGAGGCGGCAAAAGGCGUUGUCAUGCCCUCUUCAUGACUUUCUUGGUGUGUUUGGACCAUGAUAGUUUGUUGGUGAUGUGGACACCAAGGAACUUGAAACACUUGACCCGCUCCACUACAGCCCCGUCAAUGUGAAUGGGGGUGUGUUCGGCCCUCCUUUUCCUGUAGUCCACAAUCAGCUCCUUUGUCUUGUUCACAUUGAGGGAGGUUGUUGUCCUGGCACCACACUGCCAGGUCUCUGACCUCCUCCCUAUAUGCUGUCUCAUCGUUGUCGGUGAUCAGGCCUACCACUGUUAUGUCGUCAGCAAACUUAAUGAUGGUGUUGGAGUCGUGCUUGGCCACACAGUCGUGGGUGAACAGGGAGUACAGGAGGGGCCCCCGUGUUGAGGAUCAGCGUGGCAGAUGUGUUGUUGCCUAUCCUUACCACCUGGGGGCGGCCAGUCAGAAAGUCCAGGAUCCAGUUGCAGAGGGAGGUGUUUAGUCCCAGGGUCCUUAGCUUAGUGAUGAGCUUUGUGGGCACUAUGAUGUUGAAUGCUGAGCUGUAGUCAAUGAACAGCAUUCUCACAUAGGUGUUCCUUUUGUCCAGGUGGGAAAGGGCAGUGUGGAGUGCGAUUGAGAUAGCGUCAUCUGUGGAUCUGUCGGGCGGUAUGCGAAUUGGAGUGGGUCUAGGAUUUCCGGGAUGAUGGUGUUAAUGUGAGCCAUGACCAGCCUUUCAAAGCACUUCAUGGCUACCGACGUGAGUGCUACAGGAUGGUAGUUAUUUAGGCAGGUUACCUUCGCUUUCUUGGGCACAGGAACUAUGGUUGUCUGCUUGAAACAUGUAGGUAUUACAGACUCGGUCAGGGAGAGGUUGAAAAUGUCAGUGAAGAUACUUGCUGGUAAUCCGUCUGGCCCUGCGGCCUUGUGAAUGUUGACCUGUUUAAAGGUCUUGCUCACAUCGGCUACGGCGAGCGUGAUCACACAGUCGUCCGGAACAGCUGGUGCUCUCAUGCAUGCUUCAGUGUUGCUUGCCUCAAAGCGAGCGUAAAAGGCAUUUAUAAUAAUAAUAUAAUAAUAAUAUGCCAUUUAGCAGACGCUUUUAUCCAAAGCGACUUACAGUCAUGUGUGCAUACAUUUUUACGUAUGGGUGGUCCCGGGGAUCGAACCCACUACCCUGGCGUUACAAGCGCCAUGCUCUACCAAUUGGUAGGCUCGCGUUACUGGGCAGCUCGCGGCUGGGUUUCCCUUUGUAGUCUGUAAUAGUUUGCAAGCCCUGCCACAUCCGACGAGCGUCAGAGCCGGUGUAGUAGGAUUCAAUCUUAGUCCUAUAUUGACGCUUUGCCUGUUUGACGGUUUGUCUGAGGGCAUAGCAGGAUUUCUUAUAAGCAUCUGGAUUAGUGUACCGCUCCUUGAAAGGGCUCCAUAAUAGGGCUCCAUAAUCUCUGGGAAGGAGAGUGACUGCCUGCCAGGGCAGUAGACUGGUUCACACUGAGGUCAUCUACUAGUCUCUUGCUUUUACACCUGAUAGUCCCAGUUCACUGAGUCCAACCUCAUCUUCUCCCAUUGUCUGAUGAUGAGAUAUCUGAGAACCCUGCUAUUCCAAUAAUGGCCAACACUUGUCUGUGUUACAGCUUAGACACUUUUCUACACGUCUGUGGCCCCUCAGUUCUCACAAUGUUCCUGUCUCUGCCUUCAGGCAUUGGGUUGUCCUUGACCAGAGCAAGGACUCACCCUUCUGGCCUUCAGGCUACAACAACAUCCAACACAUCAGCAUAGCUUCAGGAGCUAGCCAGAACGCAGGCUAAUAUGGCUACAAGCUAUUGCUAUUUCAAGUGUUUUCAUGCCACUUCUUUUAAGAAAUGUUAGAAAUGUUGCACAAUGGGAUAAUACUGUUCUUCUAAACAACAUCUCCCCUGUCUCUCCCAACCAGGCAUGGCAGCGCUGGACAGUAAGGCUUCAGGAAAGAUGGGUAUGCGAGCUUUGGUGUAUUACAUGAGCACCACCAUUAUCGCUGUCAUCAUAGGCAUCAUCGUGGUGCUCAUCAUCCACCCUGGGAAAGGAUCGAGGGAUGAGUUCAUGAAACAGUCGAAGAUAGAGGACAUCAGCCCUGCCGACGCCUUCCUGGAUCUUAUCAGGUAGCUGCAUGCUACUGUAGGAGGAGGGUCAGGGGUUUAGUGGUGGAAAGAUGCAUUGUUUUCUGCCAUUGUACUCCUGCCUCAAUAUUGGAGUGUUCAUUGAUUGUGAUGAUCAUGCUCUUUUAUUUCAGAAACAUGUUUCCACCAAACAUGAUCCAGGCCUGCACACAGCAGGUAAAGCAUCUAAUGACUUUAUUACUAAAUUAAACAUUCAAUAAGCAGAUAGGAAAAAUGGUCUGACGUAUAGAUUCUGACAAAGGAAAUGCUUGUAUUGAAAUAAUGAUGGUAUUGAAGGAUAAGUAGUGCUCGUGGAUAAAUUAUUGAAAUUUCCAGAGGAAACUUGCUGGUUUUGGCAUUUCUGAGCAGUGAUAAAUCAUCACCCUAAGAGACGUAGAAACCCAGGACUGAGGUGGGACUUUGACUUACACUGGAAGAAAUAUCCUGACCACUAGGGACAAAUGACAAAAUAUUACUUCUGCUGCCAUGUGUAAAUAAAACAUUAUCACCAUCGGAAGAGAAAAAAGGACCAACUUCCUUCUUUACUUCUUAGUAGCAUGGUGGGGCAGGAAACUGAGAUAUAGAGGCCGCUGGGGCAGGACGAUAUAAGUAAUGGAAGACCAUGUCUACGGGGGGCUAAACGCUUUGUGGUCCAGACAGGGUCGUCAGUGAGCCAGCUGGACCUUACAGAAUACUACUCCAGCCAUACAGAGGGCUAUUGUUUAAUUCAUGAGGUUGAUAUGAGUGGAGCAGGCGCCGUUAGACUUUUUGUUCUCUAGUCUAUCGAAAUGGCACACGUCUGACUACAAUCCCUCGAUACCUUAUCUAUCAGCUUGGCUUUUUAUGAGCUCCACUGAAUAGAUGGCUGAAUGAUUAUAAAGUAAACAUUACAAAUAUUUCAGUACCAUUUUCACUAAAGGAGAUGUCAUGCCAUCAUCACUUUAACAAGACAAUGUUAACCCAUCACUUACGUAACCGGCUCUUUCCCUCCAGUUCAAAACCAAAUACGGGAAGCGAAUCGUUCAUGUGACGAUGACAGUGAACGACUCCGUCUUCAACCUGACCAACCUGACCGAGCAGAUAACCAGGGAGGAGGUGAUCCCCAUCCCGGGCAUGGUGAACGGGGUCAACGCCCUAGGGCUGGUGGUCUUCUCCAUGUGCUUCGGCCUCAUCAUCGGCAACAUGAAGGAGCAGGGCCAGCCCCUCAGGGAGUUCUUCGACAGUCUCAAUGAGGCCAUCAUGAGGCUGGUCGCCAUUAUCAUGUGGUGAGUAUUUGGUGUGUGUUUGUGUGUGGGUGUUUAUAAAGAUGAUGUGUGUGUUUGUGUGUGUGUGAUGAUGAUGAUGGUCCAAUAAUCGCCAUCUUCAUUAGGUGAGUAUGUAUGUGAACCCCAUGCAUCUGUUACAGAAAAUUCUUUCCAUCUAUGCUUUGGAAAGCUAAGUCUAUGGAUUCCCUGCAGAGUUGGGGAAGUACUAUGUUUAUCUCUCCUUCUCAAUUCAAUCAAAUGGCUUCAUUUAGCCUCUUGCUUGAGGCAUUGCUAUGAAUUAUCUGGUAACUCUAUACAGGUGAGAUCUGAUAUAGGUAUUUAGGUCUACUGAGAUAAUUGCAUGAGCACAACCUAAUAAUUGGCCAACACAGAACCGCCUCAGGACAUAACUUCCUGAUGCUAAGUGGUUCCACAGCUGAAUGACAAGGCUUUGCAAUCAAAACCAGUGACAUGUUCACUGUGCCAAUUAAAUCUAAAUAUUCCCAGUCAGAUAUUUGACAGAUAUAAAUCAAGUUUUGCUUAUGAAUAAAGGCAAUUUCAUAGCCCGUGCUUGCAGUCUCAGAAGGCACUGAUGGUUUCACUAAUCAUUUUCCUAUUCAGGCCUAUUACACAGAAAAAUAAGUAAGAUCCUGAGAAUGUAGGGCCAUUUGAACUGUGAUCAUAUCCUUCCCUGGCAUAACGCUUUCUCCUCCUUCUGCUCUACAGGUAUGCCCCAAUCGGUAUCCUGUUCCUCAUCUCGGGGAAGAUCGUGGAGAUGGAUGACAUCACUGAGAUGGGUGGUCAGCUGGCCAUGUACACCAUCACGGUGAUCAUAGGCCUGUCCAUCCACGCUUUCAUCAUCCUCCCAGGCCUGUACUUCGCCAUCACACGGCUGAACCCCUUCAUCUUCAUCAUGGGGCUGGUGGAGGCCCUCAUCACAGCCCUGGGAACCUCCUCCAGGUAGGUUCCCCGAACACUGCUGCUAUUCUCCCUGGCCUACUCUGACUACCGACACUGUAGCCUCGCCUCGCUUGGCCCUGACUCAAAUCAAAUCAAAGUAGUAGGGCCAGGAGAGGUUCCUGCUCAGAUUAUGUGGUUAAGAAAAACUCCUGGCCCUGCCUAUGAGGCAUCACCAUCCCCAUUAGUAGAAUUACAGUGCAUUCGGAAAGUAUUCAGACCCCUUCCCUUUUCCCACAUUUUGUUACAUUACAGCCUUAUUCUAAAAUUGAUUAAAUAAAUGUUUUUCCUCAUCAAUCUACACACAAUACCCCAUAAUGACAAAGCGAAAACAGAUUUUUAGAAAUACCUUAUUUACAUAAGUAUUCAGACCCUUUACUAUGAGACUCGAAAUUGAGCUCAGGUGCAUCCUGUUUUCAUUGAUCAUCCUUGAGAUGUUUCUACAACUUGAGUCCACCUGUGGUAAAUUCAAUUGAUUGGACAUGAUUUGGAAAGGCACACACCUGUCUAUAUAAUGUCCCACAGUUGACAGUGCAUGUCAGAGCAAAAACCAAGCCAUGAGGUCGAAGGAAUUGUCCGUAGAGUUCCGAAACAGGAUUGUGUUGAGGCACAGAUCUGGGGAAGGGUACCAAAACAUUUCUGCAGCAUUGAAGGUCCCCAAGAACACAGUGGCCUACAUCAUUCUUAAAUGGAAGAAGUUUGGAACCACCAAGACUCUUCCUAGAGCUGGCCGCCCGGCCAAACUGUGCAAUCGGGGGAGAAGGGCCUUGGUCAGGGAGGUGACUAUGAACCCCAUGGUCACUCUGACAGAGCUCCAGAGUUCCUCUAUAGAGAUGGGAGAACCUUCCAGAAGGACAGCAAUCUCUGCAGCACUCCACCAAUCAGGCCUUGAUGGUAGUGUGGCCAGACGGAAACCACUCCUCAUUAAAAGGCACAUGACAGCCCACUUGGAGUUUGCCAAAAGGCACCUAAAGGACUCUCAGACCAUGAGAAACAAGAUUCUCUGGUCUGAUGAAACCAAGAUUGAACUCAUUGGCCUGAAUGCCAAGCGUCACGUCUGGAGGAAACCUGGCACCAUCCCUACGGUGAAGCAUGGUGGUGGCAGCUUCAUGCUGUGGGGAUGUUUUUCAGCGGCAGUGGCUGGGAGGCUAGUCAGAAUCGAGGGAAAGAUGAAUGGAACAAAGUACAGAAAGAUCCUUGAUGAAAACCUGCUCCAGAGCGCUCAGGACCUCAGACUGGGGCAAAGGUUCACGUUCCAACAGGACAACGACCCUAAGCACACAGCCAAGACAACGCAGGAGUGGCUUUGGGACAAGUCUCUGAAUGUCCUUGAGUGGCCCAGCCAGAGCCCGAACUUGAACCAAAUCGAACAUCUCUGGAGAGACCUGAAAAUAGCUGUGCAGAGAUGCUUCCCAUCCAACCUGACAGAGCUUGAGAGGAUCUGCAGAGAAGAAUACAGGUGUGCCAAGCUUGUAGCGUCAUACCCAAGAAGAGUCAAGGCUGUAAUCGCUGCCAAAGGUGCUUCAACAAAGUACUGAGUAAAGGGUAUGAAUACUUAUGUAAAUGUAAUAUUUAAGUUUUAAAAUGUUUAUACAUUAGCAAAAAUUUCUAAAAGCCUGUUUUUACUUUGUCAUUAUGGGAUAUUAUGUGUAGAUUGAUGAGAGGAAAAAACUAUUUAAUCCAUUUAAGAAUAAGGCUGUAAAGUAACAAAAUGUGGAAAAAGUCAAGGGGUCUGAAUACUUUCCGAAUGGACUGUACUUAAAGUUUAUAUGGCGAAUACGUAUAAUAGAUUUCAUAGAUCUUGUACAAAACAACAACAACAACCAAUCAAACUCAAACACUAUCUGUUUCUCUCCAUCUUUAUCUCAGCUCAGCAACCCUGCCCAUCACCUUCAAGUGUCUGGAGGAGAACAACAAGGUGGAUAAGCGCAUCACACGGUUUGUGUUACCGGUGGGCGCCACCAUCAACAUGGAUGGAACAGCAUUAUACGAGGCUCUGGCAGCCAUCUUCAUAGCCCAGGUUAACAACAUGGAGAUGAACAUAGGUCAGAUCAUCACAAUCAGGUGAGAAUGAGAAUCUAAGGUUUAUAAGCUAAGGUUUAUGUUUACAGAAUCAAAGGGUGUUGAUAUGUUUACAACUAAAUUACAUGAUUUAUCAAGAUAAGAGUGUAAAACAUAUAAUUUUCUGUUAUCAAACAGCAUCACAGCCACUGCGGCAAGUAUUGGAGCUGCUGGGAUCCCACAGGCUGGACUGGUCACCAUGGUGAUUGUGCUGACCUCUGUCGGACUUCCCACUGAUGACAUCACCCUCAUCAUUGCUGUUGAUUGGUUCCUGUGAGUAAUUUUUCCCAUUUUCAGAUUGAGAUAUUAGAAUAAAUUACCUAUAUUUUCUUAAUGAUUAGGCUAUUAUGGUGCAAAUCCACAUACUACUUUUUGUGAAGUAAAAUUGGUGGCUGGAACUGAAACAAAAACCAUUUAUCUCUCAAUUUAAAAGGUACAACUUUUCAUCAACUACAACCCUAGUGACACUAGUUCACCCAAAUUACAAAAUGACAUAUUGGUUUCCUUACCCUGUAAGCAGUUUAUGGACAAGGUAUGACAGCAAUCCAUGCAUUGGUUUAGCUUCCCUGUCAAUGUUUACAAAUGCUAAUAUUUUAGCAUUGUGGCACAAAUCCUAUUCAAGUCAUGGAACUGAUAUUAGCAUUUCAAAAGUCCAAAAGUAUCUACAAUUGAUUGUGAAGCUCAACAAAGUCACUUAUAGAUUAUUUGAACAUGAUGUGUGAAAAAUGCUAAUAUCGGUCCAAUGACUUGAAUGGGAUUUGUGCCACAAAUGCUAAAACGUUAGCAUUUGGAAACAGUGCCAGGGAAACUAAACCAAAGCAUGGAAUCCUGUCAUACCUUGUCCGUAUACUGCUUACAGGGUAAGGAAACCAAUAUGUAAUUUAGUAAUUUGGGUGAACUAUCCCUUUAACUACUAUCCCUAGGGUCGUGAUCCACAUUUUUUUUUGAAUUACAUAUUUUUUUGCAAUGAGUUUUAACAUAGAAACGUAAUUAGGUUGCCCAAAUUAAUCAUUUCAAUUAGAAUCCCCUUCACAGAAAUUACACAGCUAAUUGGGUAGUGAUAAAAAAUCCCACUCUCCUUAAACUAGGAUGGACGGAAUGUGCAGACAGAGUCAAAGCUUCAUUUAAUGAAAACAUGGAUGUUUCUCACAGUGAUUAGAAUAUGAGAUAGCCUAUAGGGAGUGUUCUGACUACUCUUUAACAGUAGAUGGGAAAUAUCCCUGCUGAUAGCACUGUGGCCUAUUUCCCAUCUCCAUUAUUUUGAUGAGAACUCUAAAGAGUUUAUUUUAUCUUUCAUCAAAAGCAGAAAAUAGGUGAAUGUUUUGAGUUGUUCACCCAUUGUUGACUGUUUCAUUUAACAUUACCAAACGUCCCAGAGGAAAUUGUGUUUUAUUUUCUAAAUGAAUGUCCCGUCACCCACUCUACCUCUGUCUCUCCUCUCCUUCCACUGUAUAUGACUCCCUCCCCCUGGUUAACCUUUUUCUUCUUACCUUAUUCCUGGGUUGUAGUGACCGGCUGCGUACCACGACGAAUGUCUUGGGCGACUCCAUUGGGGCAGGCAUUGUGGAGUUCCUAUCUCGACACGAGCUGCAGGCCAAGGAUGUGGAGAUGGGGAACGCUGUGCUAGAGGAGAGGAAGAAACCAUACCAGCUCAUCUCUCAGGAAAACGACUACGAGAACGCCAAACGUCCGGGCACUGAAACCAAGAUGUAGCUCAAUGCUCACACACACACACACGUUUUGGUUCAGUUUUGUUUUUAUUCUUUGUCAUAUUUUUCCGGUUAUUGCCACUGUGCCAUAUUUCCUUUCCUUUGUUCUUUUGUCAUUCAUAAAGUCACUUUUACUUAUUAUUAUUUUUAUUUCUCUCCCUGAGGUGGCCCAAUCAAAUUGCUUACAUCUGCUGCCGCUCUACAAGAUAGAUAGGCUUCCUGUUUUGUGGUUUUUCUGGCUAUUUUUGUGUUGAGUUAAGUCAUCUUGGCCUAGAAUAAGUACAUGGUAUAAUGGUAUAAGUAAGGAGGAAGUUGAUGAGGGUGUUGAUGUCAGAAAGGAAUGUCGUAAAAAGAUGGAAGGACAACAUAUGUUUGAAUGACUGGGCAAGCGAUAUCCUUCACAAAAUGCAACAGAGAACAUAUUU